GCAGAUUUAUUAAACUCAAGUGAAGGAGUUCAACAGAGGAGCAGCAUACAAUGGGUGGAUUACCCAGUCGUCAAAAGCCUGGGUACACAAGAUCAUUACCAUCUAACACGCCUGAGAAACUAAACACGACUGAAAAUAUCUUUACUGAGCGACAAAACGCGCCUGAAAGCGUCUUUACUGUGCGACAAAACACGACUGAAAGAAUCUUCACUGUGCAAUCAAACACGACUGAAAGUGCCUUUAGUGAACGAUCAAACAAACCUGAAAGUUCCAUUACUGAGCGACUAAUCACGCCAAAAAAUGCCUUUACUGAGAGACCGAAUACGCCGGAAGUCUUAACUGUGCGAGUAAACACGCCCGAAAGUGCCCUUACUGAGCGACCAAACUCGCUCGAAAGUUCCUUUACUGAAAGACCAACCACGCCUGAAAGUAUUGUGCGGCCAAAGACGACUAAAAGUGCCCUUACUGAGCGACUAAACUCCCUCGAUAGUACCUUUACUGAGCGAUCGAACACGCCGGAAUGUGCUUUUACUGUGCGACCAAAUACGACUGAGAGUACCUACACUGAUCAUGAGCCACCAACCACGCCUGAAAGCCCCUUUACUGAGCAACAACACAGGUCUGAUAGUACCUUCACUGAGCGAUCAUCCUCAUCGGAUAGUACCCUUACUGAGCGACCAUCCUCAUCUGAUAGUACCCUUACUGAGCGACCAUCCUCAUCUGAUAGUACCCUUACUGAGCGACCAUCCUCGUCUGAUAGUACCCUUACUGAGCGACCAUCCUCAUCUGAUAGUACCCUUACUGAGCGACCAUCCUCGUCUGAUAGUACCCUUACUAAGCGACCAUCCUCAUCUGAUUGUACCCUUACUGAGCGACCAUCCUCGUCUGAUAGUACCCUUACUGAGCGACCAUCCUCGUCUGAUAGUACCGUUACUGAGCGACUAUCCUCGCCGGAAAGUACCUUUAUUGAGCGACUAAAUGCAUUAUCGACUGAUAGUACCUUUACUGAGCGACCAUCUUUGCCUGAUAGUACCAUUACUGAGCAACCAGAUGCAUCUUUGUCUGAAAGUACCUUUACUAAGCGACCAUUUGCAUCCUUGCAAUCAUUCUCGUCUGAUAGUGCCUUUUCUGAGCGACCAACUACACCUGAUAGUAGCAUUUCUGAUAGUGACAGUUUUGAGGAAACACAUUCUUCAUUUUCAUCCGGGUUUUCUAAGAACAAUUUGCCAAGGUUUGAUAACGGAGAGAUAGAACAAGUCAGUGAACACAAUUUUCGAACUUCGGUGUUAAAGAUUGGAGCCAAAAGUGGAUUAACAAUUGGUUCUUUGAAAAUCGGAAGAAGUUGUGCAAGGAUACAUGAUUAUGACGUACAAGUAGGGAACAGAUUCUCUACAACACUUUUCAAACAAAUGGAGGUAAUUCCUCAUUGCGAUCUGUCUCAGCCGUCCGAUUCAAGGGAACCCUUUCUAGAUUACGGAGAUUCUGGGUCUUUCGUUUAUUUUAUAUCUCAUCAACGCCCUGUUAUUCUUAAGUGUAUCGGUUUAGCUGUUGCUAAAACGUCCCAUGGAACUUGCUUGGUAACACCCAUAGACAAAGUGUUUGAAGCACUUGAUCUCCCAUUUAACUGCUUAUCGAAAUUUACAGAUGAAGCGACUAAAAGAGACGUCAUUUCUGUUAUGUUAUCUAAACUCAAUAGCAUUUCCAAUCAAAUGGCGACAAAAGACGAUAUCCAAAAGAUAGAAGGAGACAUAAGCAGUAUUAAGGACAGAUUGUCUUCUACAGAAUCAAAUGUGAAGAGACUUUUAGAGAGAAAUAUUGAGGAAACAAAUUCCGUAUAA